AUGCGACAAAAGAAGAGGGCGUUUGCCCCUGAGAGAGAUGGUGCAAUCAAAGACGAGGUUCAAAAGCUGAUGGUGGCGAAGUUUAUUCGGGAAGUAUACUACCCGGAUUGGUUGGCCAAUGUAGUGAUGGUCAAAAAGGUGAAUGACAAAUGGAGAAUGUGCGUAGAUUUCACUGUCUUGAACAAGGCUUGUCCCAAGGAUAGUUAUCCGCUACCACGCAUUGACCAGUUGGUAGACUCAACUGCGGGCCACAAGUUGCUUAACUUCAUGGAUGCAUUUUCUGGAUACAAUCAGAUAAGGAUGGACGAGGCAGACCAAGAGAAGACAUGCUUUGUCACCAGCCAAGGCUUAUUCUGCUAUGAGGUGAUGCCAUUUGGCUUAAGGAACGCAGGGGCGACAUAUCAGAGGUUGGUCAACCACAUGUUUUGUCCACAGAUUGGGCAGAAUGUAGAAGUCUAUGUAGAUGACAUGCUAGUGAAGAGUCAGGACGAGGGAAGGCAUCUGGACGACCUGCAGGAAACAUUUGACACACUGAGACAGUGUCACAUGAAGCUGAAUCCUAGCAAAUGUGCUUUUGGGGUAUCAUCAGGGAAAUUCCUUGGCUUUAUGGUCUCCCACAGGAGAAUUGAAGUGAAUCCUGAUAAAAUUCAAGUAAUACCAAAGAAAUCUAAUCCGUUAUUGGACGAGUUGCCGCACUCAACAGGUGGAAUCGGUGUGGUCUUACAAUCCCCAGAAGGAGACAAACUAAAACAUAAAGUCCAUCUACAGUACCAAGCGACUAUUAAUGAAGUCGAGUAUGAAGUCCUUCUCAAAGGGCUAGAAUUGGCUAAGUCUAUGGAAGCCAAGUCCAUACUCAUCCUGGGGGAUUCCCAAUUGAUCAUGGGGCAAGUAAAUGGGAUGUAUGAAGCGAAGGAAGAACGGAUGAAGAAAUACCUUAGUAGGGUGAUGCGCCUUGUGAAAGGAUUUGAAAAAGCUGACUUCGAUCAAAUCCCAACGGAGGAGAACGUGGAAGCUGAUGACAUAGCAAAAGAAGCCUCAGCAAAUGAACCAGUGGACGAAUCUGAUGAAGUUCAGUAUAUGCCAAGUAUAGAUGUCCCGGAAGUACAACAAGUGGACAACAGAGGAAAUUGGAUGGCCCCGAUUAUAUCAUACUUAAAAGACGGACGACUACCAGAAGAGAAGGACGAAGCCAGGAAGUUGAGGGUGAGAUCGGCUAGAUACGUCCUUAUGAAUGAAGUGCUAUACAAGAGGGGUUUUUCUCAACCUUAUCUUAGGUGCUUAGCUUCGGACAAAGCAAACUAUGUAUUGAGAGAAGUUCACGAAGGAGCAUAUGGCAAUUAUUCAGGAGCCAGAUCACUUGUCCACAAGGUUGUUUGCGCAGGGUAUUACUGGCCAAACAUGCAAGCUAAUGCUAAAGCGUACGUUAAGGUUUGCGACCAGUGCCAACAGUUUAGUAAUGUCCCCAGACAACCGUCAGAAUACCUCACCCCGAUGGUGGCACCGUGGCCCUUUGCACAAUGGGGACUAGACAUUUUGGAUCCCUUCCUUCUGGGUACAAGGCAGAUGAAGUUUCUAGUGGUGGGUAUCGAUUAUUUCACCAAAUGGGUGGAAACUGAACCAUUAGCAAAUAUCACACAACAGAAUGUGAAAAAUUUCGUAUGGAAGAACAUUGACCACAGUGAGAACCCCUAUAGGGGAGACUCUUUUCAAGCCAGCCUAUGGAAGCAACGCAGUUAUACCUGCAAAAGUACACAUGGUCAAUCACAGGGUGAUGAUGUAUUAAGACAAGGAUAA